AAACACCGAAUUCACCGAAUUCAUUCAAAAUGAAUUACAAUUCCUAUGUCGAUUCUCAAGCGUUGUGUGAUGAAAUUAUGAACGACCUUUCAAGAAACACGGGAUUUACAAACGAAAUGUAUAACGAAAACCUAUCAUGUUUAUCCAAUUCCACCAAUAUCGAUAUCCCGUUUUAUGAGGAUACGGGAUUUACAUACGAAAUGUAUAAUGAGAACCCAUCAUGUUCAUCCAAUUCUGCUAAUAUUUUCGGUCUUCAAACGUUUUAUGAGGAAUUUAUGGAUGACACUCCUUUGGAACUUACCUCAUCACCUUGGCAGGAUCCAAAAAAUACGGAAUUUACAUACGAAAUAUAUAACGAGAACCCAUUAUUUUCAUCCAAUUCCGCUAAUAUUUUCGGUAUUCCAACGUUUUAUGAUGAAAUUAUGGAUGACACUCCUUUGGAACUUACCUCAUCAUCCUGGCAAGUUCCGGGAUUUACAUACGAAAUAUAUAACGAGAACCCAUCAUUUUCAUCCAAUUCUGCUAAUCUUUUCGAUCUUCAUGAUGAACCUACUUUAUCGCUUUGGCAAGAUCCACAAAAUACGGGAUGUACAUACGAUAUGUAUAACGAGGAAAUUAUGGAUAAGCAAGUUCCAAAAAACGCGGAAUACUCAAUGAAAAGGUCUACCGAGGCCAAGUUCGUCUUUGAGAAUCCAUCAUGUUCACCCGAUUCCCCGAAUACUGAUCAUCAAGCGUUACUUUAUGAAAUUAUGAAAGACACUGCUUAUAAAUUUACUUUACCUCUAGACGAGCUGCUUGCUCCACGCGAACAAAGAGAAUCACAUAACCCGCCUAGAUCACAAAAUAAAUUCAUUUUAUUUCGGAAAGAUUACACUGCACGAAUGAGGAAAGAGAAUCCUAAUAGGACAAAGUCAAUGAAAACACGUGACUUGUCGAAGGAGGCGAGCGAAGCCUGGAAGGUUCAAUCAGUACAAGUGAAACAACUAUUUACUGUUUUAGCCGACAUCGCUAACGAAAGGCAUAGAGUGAAAUAUCCGGGAUACGUCUAUAUGCCUGAGAAAAAAUAA